AUGGUGUCUCUCACACUCUCUUCCCCUCACAUUCACCUUUUUCUCAUUUUCUCACUUUUCGUAACCUCUUUCGUUACAGAAUCAGCCACGCAUUGGGGUGACACGCAGGUUCUGAAGGAACUAAAGGACAACCUCGAGCCUGCUUCGGUCACUCCUGGCUCCUGCGUCUACUCAUGGGACUUCUCCUUUGACCCCUGCGACAACCUUUUCGGCGACAAGUUCACGUGCGGCUUCAGGUGCGACGCUUUCGUUUCGGGAACAAGUCGACUCACCGAACUCACACUCGACCCCGCUGGUUACACCGGUUCACUCUCCGCCACGUGGAACCUCCCCUACCUUGAAACUCUCGACGUCUCAAACAACUUCUUCUCCGGCCAAAUCCCCGACUCACUCUCCAACCUUACUCGGUUAACUCGACUCGGUUUAUCGAAAAACUCGCUUACCGGAACUAUACCCUCUUCUUUAUCCUCCCUCACAAACCUCCAAGAGCUUUACCUCGACAACAAUAACCUCCAAGGACCAAUUCCCGUUAGCUUUAACGCCCUCACAAACCUUAAACGCCUCGAAAUGCAGUCCAACAAGCUAAACGGUGUUGUUCCGAGUUUGAGCUCUCUGAAGAAUCUUUUCCACUUGGACCUCAGCUUCAACCUUUUCACCGGAGGGUUACCCUCCGCGUUGCCGGAAUCUCUGCUUCAGAUUUCAAUGCGGAACAACAGCUUAAGCGGCGCGUUGGAACCCGAAUCUCUGAGGAACUUGAACUACUUGGAAGUGAUGGAUUUGAGUGGCAACAGGCUCAGCGGUGCCGUGCCGUUUGCGCUAUUCGAACUUCCCUCCUUGCAGCAAGUGACGCUAUCUUUCAACGAGUUCUCGCACAUGGAAGCGCCUUCUCACGCUUUGGAAAUGCGGAGCGGGGUCAUAGCGGUUGAUCUGAGUAACAAUGAGCUUGGGGGGUUUCUGCCGUUGUUCCUGGCAUUGAUGCCGAAUCUUUCGUCAUUGUCGUUGGAGAACAACAAGUUCGGGGGAAUGAUUCCGAUCCAGUACGCGUUGAAGACGGCUUUCCCCGAAGCUGGGGUUGCUCCGUUGGAGAGGCUUCUGUUGGGGGGUAAUUACUUGUUCGGAGGUAUUCCGAGUCCUCUAAUGGCGCUUGAACCGGGUUCUGCCAAUGUGAGACUUGUCGAUAAUUGCUUGUAUAGGUGUCCUCUUACGUUCUUCUUCUGUCAGGGAGGGGAACAAAAGUCUUUGGAAGAAUGUAAGAGAUUCAGCCACUUCAUUCCCUAG